AUGAGCACCCGGAACCCAGCCAGACUCCUGAGGCUGGCAGGAGAGAGCCUGCUGAGGGACCAAGUUGCGGUCAUCGCAGCUCUGAAGUACAUGCCCACUCAGCUCUUUCCGCCGCUGUUCAUCCUGGCCUGCCUUCAUAGAAAAUGGGAGCCCCUGAAGGCGAUGGUGCAAGCCUGGCCCUGCUCUGUCCUCCCUCUGGGGAGCCUGGGGAGGCUGCCUCCAGUCAAGGUCUUAAAAGCGGUGUUGGAGGGGCUUGCCGAUCUGUCUGCCCAAAAUGUUCACCCCAGCAGGUGGAAACUGCAGGUGCUGGACUUAAGGAGCAUGGAUGUCAACCUCCGGAGAAGGUGGUGUGCACACAGCACCCAGGAGUGCUCUCAGACAGAACUAGUGGCUGUGCACUGCUCCAGCCCCAACACGGACCACGCCUUGCCUCACUUGAAGGUGGUUUUAGACAUUAAUUUCAGUGAAAUGGGCACAUUUAAGUUUUACAUGUACGUCAUCCAAUGGGCCCAGCAGCAGAGGGAAGCUGUGGUACACCUGUGCUGCAAGAUGUUGAAAUUUUAUGAAUUUCCCCUCCAGAGAGCCAGGAAGGUCCUGGAUAGGGUGCAGCUGGACUGCAUCCAGGAGGUGCAAGUGUUCUGCACCUGGGACCUGCCCACCCUGGGGGCAUUUGCUAACUACCUGGGUCAGAUGACUAACCUGCAGAGUCUCUCUCUCAACCACAUCAAGGUGUUACACCGUCUGGACGAGAUGCUCAGGUGCCUGCAGACCCCCUUGGACGAACUCCUCAUAGGCAGUUGCCCGGAGCUGAGGCAAUCAGACCUGACACACCUGUUCCAGUGCCCGAACCUCAGGCAGCUGAAGUCCCUGUGUUUGUAUUUCGCCAAACUCGCUGAUUUUGGUCCCAAGCCCCUCUGA